AUGACUUCCUACAUCAUCAUCGGCGCCGGCAACUUUGGCGCCGCCACAGCCUUGACGCUCGUCCAACGCGGCAAUGCCAAGGUGACGCUCAUCGACACGGCCGCCUUCCCCAACCCCAGAGCGGCGUCGCACGAUGUAAACAAGAUUGUGCGCGACGACUACCCCGACAAGCUCUACAUGCGCAUGUUGAUCAAGGCGAUGCCCAAGUGGCGCAGCGACAGGCUCUACAGCGCGCACUACCACGAGGUGGGCAUGCUGCGGGCCGACACGUCGAGCUUCGGCGACGAGAGCAUAGCGGCGUACCGGGACAUGGGGGUUGCCAACGACUCCGAGUUCCUGGCCGUCGACGAGGUGCGCAGGCGCUGGAACGGGGCGUUUGCGACGGCCGACUUUGGCGGCCUCGACACGGUCCUGUACAACCCGUCGGUGGGCUUUGCCGAGGCCGACAAGGCGCUGGGGGCCGUGGUGCAGGAGGCGGUGGACCAGGGCGUCGAGUACGUCGUGGGCGUCGUCAAGAGGCUCAACUUUGGCCCCGCCGGCCAAUGCACGGGCGUCAGCCUCGAGGCGGGAGAGACGCUGCAGGCCGACAAGACGCUGCUGGCGGCGGGCGCUCGCACCCCGGCGCUGCUGGCCCAGAGCGCGCCCGACAACAGGCUCCUGCACGUCGGCGACCGCGUCGUGGCGACCGGGGCCGUCAGCUUCUACGCCAAGCUCUUUGGCGAGCAGAGGGCCAAGUUUGCGCCGAUUCCGGUGCUCAAGAACUGCCUGCCACAGGUCAAAGGCGAGGGCAUGUCGAUACUCGACGACGGCACCAUCAAGUUCAACUGCGAUAUGUGCUUCACAAACUAUGUCCCAUUCCCGCCGACCGGUGAGCGCAUGUCGGUUGCCCCGGACCAAAACGUCUUCAACGUCUGGACCGGGCCUCGCUUCCUCAGCUUCUUCCAGGAGCGGGCCCGGAGAACCAUCGACGGCCUAUACGGCAAGGAGGCCGAGGAGAUACCCAUUGACGCAUAUCGAAUGUGCUGGGACGCAUCAACCCCGACGCACGAUUUCCUCGUCACGCCUCAUCCACACUGCCAAGGCCUCUACGUGGCCACGGGCGGCUCGUUUCACGGUUGGAAGUUCUUGCCCGUGAUUGGUGACUACAUUGCGGACAUGAUGCAGGGCAGCCUAGACUCCGAGUACGCUGAUCGUUGGGCGUGGGACAAGAAGGGCGGUGAUGGCCACUCGGCCAAUCCGACGUACCAGGUAGUCGGGGACCUGCAGGACUGGAUCUCGUGA